CACCCGUACACCUCUCGGGCCCUGAACAGAGCCCCGCCGCCCAUGUCUACCGACAAGCAUUUAGGAGAGAAAGCGGGCAGCGAUCAUGAUGAGAAGGUUGUCGCCACUGUGGCUCAUCGCUCGGUCGAUCUCGCCAACAACGUAGAGGCACGGAUCCAGAAUCCGCUGCAUGGUAUCCCGGAGGCUACCCUCCUCAGGCAGGCUGAGGAGUUCGCCAUUGAUCAUGGUUUGGAGGACAAAGUUGACCUCUUCAAGAAGGGCGCCCUCCUCGCUCAAAACCCUGCCGAUUUUGAAUCCAUUCCUGGAAUGACGGAGGAGGAAAAGGAACAUAUCCGGCGGGAGACCACUCAUCGCUGGAGUCAAUCAAAGGCUCUCUACAUGACGAUCGUGAUUUGCAGUUUGGCUGCUGCAGUGCAGGGUUGGGAUCAAACAGGUUCCAAUGGCGCCAACUUGUCAUUCCCCAAGGAGUUUGGAAUUUAUACAGAGGAUGAGAAUGACCCGAACAAGGACAGAUAUGAUUGGAUUGUGGGUAUCGUUAACGCGGGACCCUAUCUCGCCACUUGGGCCAUCGGUUGCUGGCUGACAGAUCCUCUGAACCAUUUCUUUGGUCGACGUGGGACGUUGUUUUGGUGUGGUAUCUUCUGCACGUUCACCGUCAUUGGACAAGGUUUGGCCCAGACCUGGCCUCAGCUUUUCGUUUGCCGACUUCUCCUGGGACUUGGUAUGGGGCCGAAAGCCACCACAUCUCCCGUCUUUGCCGCAGAGAAUGUCCCUGCCAACAUCCGUGGUGGUCUCGUCAUGUGUUGGCAAAUGUGGACUGCUUUUGGUAUCUUCCUCGGCUUCUCCGCCAACUUGGCUGUGCACAAACUAGGCGAUAUUGCCUGGCGCUUAGAGCUGGGUUCUGCCUUCAUUCCUGCCGUACCGUUGACGAUCGGAAUCUACUUCUGCCCUGAAUCGCCGCGUUGGUUGAUGAAGAAUGGACGAUACAAGAAAGCCUUCCGAUCCUUUGUUCGACUCCGGAAUAGCGAGCUGCAGGCUGCUCGCGACAUGUACUAUGUCCAUUGCCAACUGGUCGAAGAGUUCAAGGUCCUGAAGGGCUCCAACUAUUUCACUCGAUUCUACGAGCUCUUUACUGUCCCUCGUGUCCGCCGCGCGACCCUGGCCAGCUGGGUCGUCAUGAUUGCCCAGCAAAUGUGCGGUAUCAAUAUUAUCGCGUUCUACUCGUCCACCAUCUUCCGAAAUGCCGGCUACUCAAUGACUCAAGCUCUUUUUGCUUCCUGGGGCUUUGGAUUGGUGAAUUGGGUCUUCGCUUUUCCGGCGGUGUGGACCAUUGAUACCUUUGGUCGAAGGAACUUGCUGCUGUUCACAUUCCCCAACAUGGCGUGGACACUGCUUGCCGCUGGUUUUUGUUUCUUCAUUCCCGAAGAUAGUCCAGCUCGAGUUCCUUGUGUCGCACUUUUCAUCUUCAUCUUUGCAGCCUUCUACUCUCCUGGUGAAGGACCUGUGCCCUUUACUUACUCUGCCGAAGUCUUCCCUCUGACGCACAGAGAAAUGGGAAUGUCCUGGGCCGUCGCCACGAACUUUUUCUGGGCAUCCGUCCUCUCCCUGACGUUCCCUCGCAUGCUGUCUGCGUUCGGGUCUGUCGGUGCAUUUGGGUUCUACGCAGGGCUGAACGUCAUGGCGUUCAUCAUGAUCUUCUUCCUUAUGCCAGAAACGAAGCAGAGAACGCUGGAGGAGCUCGACUACGUCUUCGCCGUUCCAGUCGCACAACAUGCCAAGUACCAACUGUCGGAAUUCUUGCCUUACUGGAUUCGACGUUGGGUCUUGUUCAGGAAGGACGCCAAGCUCCGACCACUUUACGACUUUGAAGAAGUCGAAGGUCGUCGUGCGAGCGAUGAAAAAACAUCUUCUGUGUAA